UCUCCAGAAGCUUCCUAAACCCCUCAUCUCAUUUCUUCUUAAACCCUACCUGCGAGCUCCGGCUCCACCCUCUCCAAAUUUGUGCGAGCAUCUCACAUUCACUCAGCUCACAUUCUGCCAAUAUGCACAGGCUUCCGAGGCGUUCCGUCUCCGCCGUCAUCCGUGGCGCCGCCGUGCGUUACCGGCCGAUUUCUUCAUCCUCGAUAGCUUUCGAUCAUCACCCGUCCGGAGAUGAAACACAGAAGAGGUGGUUCUCUGUGUUGAUUAAUGGUAGCAGCCAUGGUAUCGCUAGCAUAAAACCCUAUAACCUCAAGGAUGAACCUGUUCUUGGCUGUCGGCAUGAGUCAACUGCUGCUGCAUCUGAUUCAUCUGCUCCAUCAGCUGAAAAGUUUGAGUACCAAGCGGAGGUUAGCCGCUUAAUGGACCUUAUUGUCAACAGUUUGUAUAGCAACAAAGAGGUGUUUCUUCGAGAACUUAUCAGCAACGCAAGUGAUGCCUUGGACAAACUGAGAUUUCUUGCUGUUACUGAACCUGGGCUCUUGAAGGAUGCAGUUGAUCUUGAUAUCCGAAUCCAAACUGACAAAGAUAAUGGAAUAAUUACAAUUACAGACACUGGUAUUGGGAUGACACGCCAGGAGCUUGUUGACUGUCUUGGUACAAUUGCACAAAGUGGAACUGCUAAAUUCUUAAAAGCACUGAAGGAUAGCAAGGAUGCUGGUGCUGACAGCAAUUUAAUUGGUCAGUUUGGUGUGGGAUUCUAUUCAGCGUUCCUUGUUUCUGAGCGGGUUGAAGUGUCCACAAAGAGCCCUAAAUCAGAUAAACAGUAUGUAUGGGAAGGAGAAGCAAACUCAAGUUCCUAUAGCAUUCGAGAAGAGACAGAUCCUGCUAAGCUUAUUCCUAGAGGAACUCGACUAACACUUCAUCUCAAGCAUGAUGACAAAGGUUUUGCACACCCAGAAAGAAUCGAGAAGCUUAUCAAAAACUAUUCGCUAUUUGUUUCAUUCCCCAUUUACACAUGGCAAGAGAAAGGAUACACUAAAGAGGUUGAGGUUGAUGAGGAUCCUGCUGAUGCUAGUAAGGAUGGACAAGAUGGCAAAACUGAGAAAAAGAAGAAGACCAAGACUGUUGUUGAACGAUACUGGGAUUGGGAGCUUCUAAAUGAGACCCAACCAAUAUGGUUGCGUAACCCCAAGGAAGUCACCACGGAGGAGUACAAUGAAUUUUACAAGAAAACAUUUAAUGAAUAUUUGGAGCCCCUGGCCUCUUCACACUUCACCACUGAGGGUGAAGUGGAGUUCAGGUCUGUUUUGUAUGUGCCAUCUAUAACACCCACAGGGAACGAUGACAUAGUCAAUCCCAAGACAAAGAAUAUAAGGCUUUAUGUGAAGCGUGUCUUCAUUUCUGAUGACUUUGAUGGUGAAUUGUUCCCACGGUACUUGAGUUUCAUCAAAGGUGUUGUGGAUUCGAAUGAUCUUCCCUUGAAUGUCUCACGUGAAAUCCUUCAAGAAAGUCGUAUUGUGAGGAUUAUGAGGAAACGACUGGUGCGCAAGGCAUUUGACAUGAUUCUGGGAAUAACCUUGAGUGAUAAUAGAGAUGACUAUGUGAAAUUCUGGGAAAACUUUGGCAAACACCUGAAAUUAGGUUGCAUUGAAGAUCGUGAGAACCACAAACGCAUUGCUCCAUUGCUGCGGUUCUUCUCUUCCCAGAGUGAGGAGGAAAUGAUCAGCUUGGAUGAGUAUGUCGAAAACAUGAAAUCAGAUCAGAAAGAUAUUUAUUACAUUGCUGCAGACAGCAUAUCCAGUGCAAGGAAUACACCCUUCUUAGAGAAACUCGUUGAAAAGGAUAUGGAAGUUUUAUUUUUAGUAGACCCUAUUGAUGAAGUUGCCAUCCAAAAUCUGAAAGCGUACAAAGACAAGAACUUUGUUGACAUCAGCAAAGAAGAUUUAAAUCUGGGUGAUCAAAAUGAGGAGAAGGAAAAAGAGAUCAAACAAGAAUUUGGUCAGACUUGUGACUGGAUUAAAAAACGUUUAGGUGAUAAAGUCGCCAGCGUUCAAAUCUCAAACCGCCUGAGCUCGUCGCCUUGUGUUCUUGCAUCCGGGAAAUUUGGCUGGUCUGCCAAUAUGGAGAGGUUAAUGAAAUCCCAAGCAGUAGGAGACCCCUCAAGGCUCGAGUUUAUGAGAAGCAGGAGAGUUUUCGAAAUCAAUCCCGAUCAUCCAAUCAUCAAAACCUUGAAUACUGUGUCCAAGACUAACCCAAAUGACGAGGAAGCGAUGAGAGCAAUCGAUCUUUUGUACGACACGGCUUUAAUAUCCAGUGGGUUCACCCCCGAGAGCCCAGCGCAACUCGGAGGAAAAAUCUACGAGAUGAUGAGCAUGGCACUUUUAAGCAAGUGGGGCGACGGUGAUGGAUUCCAGCAACAGAUGAACACCCACACUCCUCAAGUCCCAGAAACCGUCGAAGCCGAGGUUGUCGUCAACGAGCCUGCUGAAGCUGGUCACACCAACAAAUAAUCAAGAAUAAUAGAGACAGGCCCUUAUAUAUCAAUCCACAGUUUACACUACAUGGUAUGUUAACUCUUUCUGUUAUUUGCCAUUGAACAGUUUUGCUAGUGAUGAAAAAAUUUACAUGGAACAUGUGUUAAGCCACUCACUACAAAUUGAUUUUUCUUGCAACUAUGGCAGUUCUUACCAUUGCACAA